AUGUCUACUAAUAUCUUAAAACGUAAGAACGAAGACCCUGAGUCAUCUAAUGACGACCAAUUGAAUAAAAGGGUAGCUCUUGAUAGUGAGCAAUUAGAUUUAAAGGAUAUCGAACAAGAAGAAGCCCAAACCGCACCUAUUAUAAAUAAGAUAUCUGAACCUACAGAGAGUGUAGAGUUUUCAGAACAACUCCCUCCUGAAGUAUCAUCAACAUCACCAUCACAAGAUUCAGAAAUAGUGGAUGCUAUAGACACAGAUGCAAGUGGUAAUGGAGGAAUUCAAGAGGAAGCAAGUUCAACAACUCCAAUGGGAGGAGAAAUGCUUGAAGAAGGACAAACGGUGGAGGGUUCUCAAACGUCUGCACUGGCCAAACCGGUACUGAAUCAUAGAGAAAAAGAGAAUGAUCCAACAUAUGUAUCAUUCCGGAUGUUUUGUCCUGUGAAGGAAGCUAGUACGAUUGUGGGGAAACGUGGAGAGAAGAUUCAUCAUAUUCGAGAAAAGGCCAAUGUUCGAAUUUAUGUUAGUGAUAAUCAUAAAAACAAUCCUGAAAGAAUCAUUCUGGUUAAAGGACCAGCAGAAAAUGUUGCUAGAGCCUUUGGAUUAAUAACCAGAACCAUUUUGGAUGAACCAGAAGAUGAACCAGCCUCAGUUUUAAGUAGACCAUAUAUGUUGAAGAUUUUAGUACCUCAUCCAAUGGUUGGCUUUAUUAUUGGGAAACUGGGAAGUAAGUUUAGAGAAAUAGAGGAAAGCUCUGCAGCCAAAUUAAAGGCCACAGAACAACCAUUACCAUAUUCUACUGAUAGAAUACUCUCUAUCACAGGUGUUGGAGAUGCCAUUCAUAUUGCCAUAUAUUAUAUUUCACAAGUUAUGUUGGAACAUAAGGAUUGUCUUAAAAAGAAUAAAAUUGUUUUCUAUAAUCCUGCAAAUUAUCAACAUAAUAAUAAUAAUAUCAUUCCCAACAUGAUGGGGAAUGGACCUCUUUACCCUGCUGCAACUAGAGACACCUAUCCUGGAGCUGCUAUUAAUAAGCAUCCUUCUCAACACCUUCCACCACAUCAACAACAACAGCAACAGCAGCAACAGCAGCAACCUCCUCCUCAAAUGCAACCUCAAAACUAUAAUUUCCAAAUGAUGUUUCAACCAGCAAUGCAUCCUCAAUACCCUCACCAUCAUGCUCCACCUAAUAUGCAUGCACCAUCACCACAUCAAAUGGGACAAGGUAAUCCCAAUGUACCUCUUCAAACACAAAAUCUGUAUACUGAUGAACAUGGAAAUAACAUGAUUGGAGAUGUGAUUACUCACCCACCCAUGCCUACCACCACAGCUGAUAAGUACAACCAAGAUGUGUUUGUCUCCAAUGAGAACAUAGGUUCAGUUAUUGGGAAAAAAGGAAACAACAUAAGACAUAUUCGAGAAUAUAGUCGGUGUACAUAUGUUAAGAUUGAACCUGAUAAUAACCAAACCCUUAUGUUGGGAGGCGGUAAGGGGUUGACCUCAGUUAGAAAAUUGACAUUAACCGGAUCGUUACAUUCCAUCAACACUGCGAUUUAUUUGAUUAAUCAAAGGAUAAUGGCAGACAAAGAGAGAAAUCAUCAAUAA